GUUACAUGUUGCCAUGGAGUGUGAUGACUUGAACUGAUUCACUUCUGCGCAAGGUUCUGCGUUGAUUUUGCCUGUCUUUGAUAAAUUACUCCAGAGUUUCUAGCGUCUAAAGGUUAGUAGAGGCUUUUAAUGAGUAGCGCCUUAUACAAAAGCAAGCCGGACAUAGUAAUUGUAUGUAGUAAUUUAUUUUAUAGCACGUUGACUAACAUUACAAUGUUCAUGAUGCUGUAAACCAUAUAUUUUAUUUCAUCUUCGGCUAGAAACCAGCAAAUAUCCUUGUCAUGGGUGAAGGUCCAGACAGAGGUCGUGUCAAAAUUGCUGAUUUGGGUUUCGCUCGUCUAUUUUAUCAACCUUUAAAACCAUUAGCUGAUUUGGAUCCUGUUGUUGUAACAUUUUGGUAUCGUGCACCUGAACUGCUUCUAGGUGCAAGACACUAUACAAAAGCUAUUGAUAUCUGGGCUAUUGGAUGUAUAUUUGCUGAACUGCUCACCUAUGAACCGAUAUUUCACUGUCGUCAAGAAGAUAUCAAAACAAGUACUCCUUAUCAUAAAGAACAAUUAGAACGAAUAUUUCGUGUAAUGGGUUAUCCACCAGAUGAUGCUUGGGUUGAUAUGAAAAAGAUGCCAGAUUAUCAUCAGUUAAUGCGAGAUUCUAUUAGCAAGAAAACCUAUGGCAAAUAUUCAUUAGAGGGUUACCUUGAAGAAAAAAAGUUCAAAGUGGAUGAAAGAGAAUUGGCUCUGCUCAGACGCUUAUUGACGAUGGAUCCUGUCAAACGUUUAUCUGCUGCAGAAGCUAUGGAAGAUUCUUACUUUAAAGAGGGGGAAAAGCCUAACAAUGAUGUCUUUGGAAAUCUCCCCAUUCCUUAUCCUAAACGAGAGUUCAUCUCUGAUGAUGAUGCUGAUGAGAAACAAACCGGUGCAGACAAGAACGUAACGCAACCUACGCAACAGACUACAGCCGGUGGUGUCACAAGUAGACAGACAGCUGCACAUCCUUCAGGUAUGCAUAGUCAUGCUCAUCAGCAGUCACAGCAACAACAGCGUGGAAACAGUGGUCCACAUCCCCAGUUACCACCGCCAACUCAACAGCAAUCGCAACAAAGAGCAGGUGGAAAUCAACCACCUACACAUCAGCAACACAUAAACACAGGCCAACCUAAUACUCAUACAAGGCAAUUACCUCAUCAUCAGAACGAUGAUAUGUCAGCGAAUAAACGUAUUCGACUAUCUCACGGAAUAGUGAUACAUCAAUCGCACCUCCACCCUCCUCUUCUGCAUCAUCUGCUAAUAGUAGUGGGCUCUUGAAUACAAACUCAACAAAAUCAGCUCAAUCUCAGUAUAUGCCUGGUACUGGAUCAGGUUAUCUACAUCAACAGCAACAGCCACAGCCAAUACGAAACCUACCUUCUGGUCAUAUGGGUCAUCCGGCUCCUCUUAUCCUCGUUAUCAUUGACUGUCAGCAAUCAUAUGUCUGUCUGUAUAUAAACAUAAUCCGUUUUUCGCGUGAAUUUGACCUGAUUUGUUAUUAGUGUCAAAACUUUUUUACGAGAACACUUUUACCAUAGUUUCAACUAUUUUACUAAUAAUUUACCACAACAAUCAGAAAACUUUAGAUGUUCAAUUAUUUUUAUUACCAUGAGACCAAGCACUCCACCGAAUAACAAUCAGAUCUUACAGCUCAAAUGUUACAGCCGUUAACCGUUUAAAAUAUAUAAUCCUACUGAACCAGUGUCAGGAGAAACACACGUCUAACGUGCGUGCUUAUCAAGUUUUCAAUUCAAAUGCUGUAGUCGUCCAUCAUAAAGCAUCCUUCAUACACAAUACUGCUACUAUCUUUCUGAAAAUUAUGACCGACGGACAAACAAAAUCAGCGCAGAACCCCGCACACAACUGCAUCGGCCCAAAGUUAUCGCACUUCACAAUAGUAUACAAGGAACAGGUGGGUAGAAAAAAAUUUAUAUAAAAGAAGGUAAAGUAGUGUGAGAACAAACAAACUAAACAUAACGGUUAGCGCAGAUAUUCAAGCCUUAGAAUAUGCCAAGCAGUGAACCCAUCAGCGCCACUGUGGCCGAUCUUCAGUCAUGUCACCAAAAGUCAUCAACCACUGAUUCUUUUCGUCUUGAAAACCCCAACCAGGCAGGAUACACCUCCCUACACAACUCAUACCAACAGGAAGAUACUUCAUCGACUAGUCCCAGACCUUGGUCUGAACACUCCUACGACCUAAUCCAAC